AUGGUGGUGGUUUCGAGUGGCUUCGCUAACUCUGUUAUUCUUACUAAUUCCCAUUCCAAAAGCAUGAUAACCGACUUUGGUGUUAGGAAAUCGAUUUCCGAUAGGGGAUCAGCUCGUGUAAACCCUAGAUGCGAGGUAGUAUCGGAGCGAACUACCGAUGUUGAAUCUCCGUCGUCAGUGAAAUCAUCAAGUCGUUCUGCUCUCGAGGCUCUCAAGAUCUCUGCCGGAGACAGAUAUACAAAGGAAAGAAGCAGUGUUAUGGUGAUUGGACUUACUUUUCAUACAGCACCAGUUGAUAUCCGUGAGAAGCUCUCAAUUCCAGAGGCACAAUUGCCUCAAGCAAUUAGUGAGUUAUGCGCCUUGAACCAUAUAGAAGAAGCUGCUGUUCUUAGUACUUGCAACAGGAUGGAGAUAUAUGUUGUGGCUCUCUCCCAGCAUCGUGGUGUUAAAGAAGUGACUGAAUGGAUGUCCAAGGUUAGUGGUGUUUCUGUAUCAGAGAUCUCAAGACACCAAUUCUUGCUUUACAACAAAGAUGCCACAAAACACUUGUUUGAAGUGGGACAAGGUGUCCCCGGGUUUGAUAGGAAGAUCAGUGGGCUGUUCAAGCAUGCAAUCAUAGUAGGGAAACGGGUCAGAACUGAGACCAAAAUAUCAUCUGGAUCAGUAUCCGUUAGUUCAGCUGCUGUAGAACUUGCCCAAAUGAAGAUCCCAGAAUCUUGUUAUGAUUCUGUGAAAGUAUUGGUAGUUGGAGCAGGAAAAAUGGGUAAACUUGUAAUUAAACAUUUGGUCGCAAAAGGGUGCACAAAAAUGGUGGUGGUCAAUAGAACAGAGGAUAAAGUCUCUGCUAUACGUGAAGAGUGUAAGAAUAUUGACAUUAUUUAUCGACCCUUUUCAGAAUUAAUCUCUUCUGCUUCAGAAUCUGAUGUUAUUUUCACCUGCACGGCUUCUGAAACACCAUUAUUCUUGAAAGAACAAGUCAAGAAUCUUCCCCUUUUGAGUUCACAAAGAAUGUUCAUAGACAUAUCAGUUCCAAGAAACGUGGAAUCAUGUGUCUCAGAUCUUGAAACAGCCUGUGUUUACAAUGUUGAUGAUCUGAAAGAAGUGGUGGAAGCUAACAAAGAAGAUCGGGCACGUAAGGCAUUAGAAGCCCAAUCGAUUAUAUCACAAGAAGUUCAAGAAUUUGAAUCUUGGAAAGAUUCUUUAGAGACAGUUCCAACACUGAAGAAACUUAGGGCGUAUGCUGAAAGAAUCAGGAACAGUGAGUUUGAAAAAUGCAUGGAGAAAAUGGGAGAUUUAACAAAGAAACAAAAGGGGGCUGUUUAUGGUUUGAGUAAAGGUAUAGUAAACAAGCUUCUUGAGGGCCCAAUGCAACAUUUAAGAAGUGAUGAAAAUGAAGGGAGAUGUUUAGAUGAGAUACUUGAGAAUAUGCAUGCUUUAAACAGGAUCUUUGGACUUGAGACUGAAAUUUCUAUCUUAGAAGAAAAGAUUCGGUCAAAGAUGGAGAAGGCUAAAAACUAA